GAAUAAUCUUUUCUUCUUCGUCAAGCAAGACUCAAAACCUUUCUUCCUCCCGCUUGAGUAAACUCCUAAUCUUUCCCCGAAUCGCUGACAGACACUAUGAACCUUCCGUCGUCGACGCCGACUUCGGCGACGGCUGUUUCAGCGGCGAGCUCCACCGAGGUAUGCCAAGAGUGCGGAAGCCAAGAUUCAUGGGUCAUACACCCAGCACGUCUCCGCGGCGCCCUCAGCUUCUUCUGCACGCACUGCCUCCUCCGCAACCAUCCGAAGUCGUUUUGCCCCUCAUGCUUAGCCGUCUACGACCCUUCCCCUCCGCGUCACUACCAACGCGUCCCUUGCUCCGACUGCGGCUCCUACACCCACAUCGAAUGCGCCGGCGACGCGACCUCUCCUCCUUACCUCUGUCCUCCUUGCCGGAACCCUACCUCCUUCUCCUUCUUCCGUCCGCUCGUCGGAGCCGACGGCGUCCACCGCAUGGAUAAACCCCUCUCCGAGGCCUUCUUGUGCGCCGCCAAGAUCUCCGCUUUGUCCAUGAAGAGGGCCGUGGUUGUAGCUAAGUUGGAAGCUGAACUUAAGGGGAGAGAGUGUGUGGCUGCGAAGAAGAGAGCGCGUGAGGCUCUUGAGGAUGUGCUCAAGAUCGACGAGAAGGAAAGGGCGGCUACUCCGAAGGUUAAUGAAGCCUCCGGUGAUCAAGAACAGAAACCAAAACAGAGUCUUGGCUCGGGGGAACUCAAGAAACAGUAGCCUGCAGUGCAAGUUAAGCAAGAAAAGUGCAUAGAUAUGAUAUAAAGUUGUUGAAGCCUUUCGUCUAAAGAAGCAGAUUCUGAUUUAGAGUUCAAUGUAGAGUAUGCAAGUGAUCUCAUUUACUCUUUUUUUUCAGUUUCUUGUUUGUUCGUUUACUAUGUGUAUAGGAAUCUUAUGAACGAUCAAGUGUUGAAUACUAAACUAAGUUCUUAGUCAUGUGUAUCUGUGUCUGGCAAAGCUUACAAUCUGGUGAUGGAUUUGGGAUCAUGAGUGUUGUGAUGUUAUUCGUGGUUAAGAACACAUGAUUUCUUAGUGCAUUGAUCAAAAUAGUAAUGGAUGUGAUCACGUAUGACACUAGGCUUAGAAUAGUGUCUUUUAAGGCCUUU